CCACCCCCAUAUCGGGCCCCAGGGCUGGAGGGAGUAGAGGCCGGGGCAGAGGGCGAGGGCGGAGGGCGCUGGCGGCGGAGGCCGCGGAAGAUGAGCAGCAGCUGUUCAGGGCUGAGCAGGGUCUUGGUGGCUGUGGCUGCAGCCCUAGUGUCUGCCUCUUCCUCCUGUCCCCAGGCCUGGGGCCCCCCAGGGGUCCAAUAUGGACAGCCUGGAAGGUCCAUGACGCUGUGUUGCCCGGGAGUGACUGCUGGGACCCCCGUGUCCUGGUUUCGGGACGGGGAGACAAGGCUGCUCCAGGGACCUGAUUCUGGGCUAGGGCAUGAACUGGUGCUAGCCCGGGCAGACAGCACUGACGAAGGGACCUACACCUGCCGGACCCUGGAUGGUGCACUUGGGGGCACAGUGACCCUGCAGCUGGGCUACCCCCCGGCUCGGCCUGUUGUCUCCUGCCGAGCAGCUGACUAUGAGAACUUCUCCUGCACUUGGAGUCCCGGCCAGGUCAGCGGUUUACCCACCCGCUACCUUACUUCCUACAGGAAGAAGACAGUGCCAGGAGCUGAUGGCCAGAGGACAAGUCCAUCUACAGGGCCCUGGCUGUGCCCACAGGACCCCCCAGGGGCUGCCCGCUGUGUGGUCCACGGGGCAGAGUUCUGGAGCCAGUACCGAAUCAAUGUGACUGAGGUGAACCCCCUGGGAGCCAGCACACGCCUGCUGGAUGUGAGCUUGCAGAGCAUCUUGCGUCCUGACCCACCCCAGGGGCUGCGGGUAGAGUCAGUACCUGGUUACCCCCGCCGCCUGCGUGCCAGCUGGACAUACCCUGCCUCCUGGCCCCGCCAGCCCCACUUCCUGCUCAAGUUCCGGCUGCAGUACCGUCCAGUGCAGCAUCCCGCCUGGUCCAUGGUGGAGCCGGCUGGAUUGGAGGAGGUGAUCACAGAUGCUGUGGCUGGGCUGCCCCAUGCUGUCCGGGUCAGUGCCCGGGACUUUCUGGACGCUGGCACCUGGAGCGCCUGGAGCCCUGAGGCCUGGGGGACUCCGAGCACUGGGCCCCUGCCGAAGGAGAUACCAGCUGGGGGUCAGCCAUAUAUGGAGAAGGAGCCCCAAGCAGACAGCCCUGCUCCCCCAAGGCCCUCCCUCCUGCCAGACCUACAGCCACUUGUCCACAGGGACCCCCUGGAGCAGGUGGCUGUCCUAGCAUCUUUGGGAAUCUUCUCGUUCCUGGGCCUGGCAGCUGGGGCCCUGGCACUGGGGCUCUGGUUGAGGCUGAGACCAGAUGGGAAAGAUGGACCCCAGAAGCCUGGUUUCUUGGCCCCGAUGAUUCCAGUGGACAAGCUUCCAGGAGCCCCAAACCUAUAGAGAACCCAGGAAGACUUCAGCUAAUUCCAUCUAUAACUCUGUCUUGCUGGUUUGGAUGGACGGACAGAUAGGACCCAGGCAGGACAGUGGAUCCUCAUGAGGGGAGGAGUCUCAGCUGAAGUUUUGUUUGGAGCCCGUUUCUAUGAGACUCUCUGUUCCAACUUGCCAGAGGAAAGGUACCUGGACCUCUGAUUUUAUUCCAGAGCUAGAGGUCCACCAGUGGAAUGUUUAUAGAUGUGUAUAUCUGUGUCCAUAUGUGCCCAUGUGUAUGUGAGGCAGGGAACAUGUGUUCUCUGCAUGUAUGUAUGUAGAUAUCUGGGGAGUGUGUGUGGGUCCUUGGCUGUUAGCCUUGCCCCUGGUGGGGGUUGUGAAGGUGUGAAUAAAGAGAAUGAGGAGGUU